GACCGGGUCCGGGGCAACGGGCGCAUCGCCGCCGGGCUCCUGUUCAACUUGCUGGUGUCCAUCUGCAUCGUGUUCCUUAACAAAUGGAUCUAUGUACACCACGGCUUCCCCAAUAUGAGCCUGACCCUGGUGCACUUCGUGGUCACCUGGCUGGGCUUAUACAUCUGCCAGAAAAUGGACAUCUUUGCCCCCAAAAGUCUGCCGCUCUCCAAGAUCCUCCUCCUGGCCCUCAGCUUCUGUGGCUUUGUGGUCUUCACCAACCUUUCUCUACAGAACAACACCAUAGGCACCUAUCAGCUGGCCAAGGCCAUGACUACGCCGGUGAUCAUAGCCAUCCAGACCUUCUGGUACCAGAAGAGCUUCUCCAUCCGAAUACAGCUCACGCUGAUCCCUAUAACUGUAGGUGUAAUCCUAAAUUCUUAUUACGAUGUGAAGUUUCAUUCUCUUGGAAUGGUGUUUGCUGCCCUUGGUGUGUUAGUUACAUCCCUUUAUCAAGUGUGGGUGGGAGCCAAGCAGCAUGAACUACAAGUGAAUUCCAUGCAGCUGCUGUACUACCAGGCUCCCAUGUCCUCUGCCAUGCUGCUGGUGGCUGUGCCCUUCUUUGAGCCAGUGUUUGGAGAGGGAGGAAUAUUUGGCCCCUGGUCAGUUUCUGCUUUGCUUAUGGUACUGCUGUCUGGAGUCAUCGCUUUCAUGGUGAACUUAUCAAUUUAUUGGAUCAUUGGGAACACCUCACCAGUCACCUACAACAUGUUCGGACAUUUCAAGUUCUGCAUCACCCUGUGCGGAGGAUACAUUCUGUUUAAGGAUCCACUGUCAGUUAACCAGGGGCUUGGCAUCUUAUGCACACUGUUCGGCAUCCUCACCUAUACCCACUUUAAACUCAGCGAACAGGAGGGAAGCAAGAGUAAGCUAGUCCAACGGCCCUGAGCUCUACCAGAGAAAGAAAGCUUCACCAAAACGAUGAGAGACGUCAAAUGUCUACGUCCAUGGAAAAGCUAUCAUGCAAAGUUCACUGGAUGACUUACCAGAAGUAUUUUCUUCACAAAGAUGACUGCUUUUAAUACCUUUCAUCGAUUUGAUUUUCUAAAACCAAAAUGGUCCACGCUUCCUUUUAAAGUCUUUAUGAAGCGGCAGCUGUCACUCAUUGAUAGAGUGUUUGCCUAGCAUGCACUAGCAUAUCAGACCCUGGGCUCAGACCCCAGCACUUUCAAAGAAAUGAUAUGAACUGCAUAUAAGAUGGUUUCAUUCUACCAACUAAAAUAUAGGAAAGUUCGGUUCCAUAGGAAUGACGAAGGGUGGGCACUCCAAUGCUGCAGGUGUGCCCUGGCUUGGCGGUGGUCACACUCUCCCCAGGAAGGGCACAUAGGACUUCUGCCUACUCAUCCAUGGUUUCCUACUGUGAGGUUUAUUAUAUGUUAGUCAGUCUGUGUGGUGCAGGAGCUAACAGAGUCUUGCACAUGCUAGACAAACACUACCAUUGAGCUACACCCAUAGACCUGGAGUCAGAAUUUAAACUAAAAAGUGGUUAUUUUAGCUUCUUUAUCAUUUGGGCAGUGAUAGUUAUUUUGGAUCUCACUUUGUAGCCCUGGCUUGUCUGGAAUUCUCUACAGAGACCAAGCUGGCUUUGAACUCAAAGAGAUAAACUUGCCCCUGCCACCACACAUUGUAGAAUUGAAAUACUUAUAGAAAGCAAACUGUCAUAGACAUGAUCACAAAAUAAGCCACAGUUAUGAAAGUAUUGCUCUUUUAGUAGAAAACAAAUACAAGAAAAUUUUCUCUGUUAAACAGGGCAGGGCUUGUGUGCCUCUAAUCCUUGAUGUUUGGAAAAUCAUCAGCCCAAUUCAACAGCCCAGACUCUGUGCCAGAGUGAGUGUCUGCGCUUAUAGGUAACUGGUGUUGGUAGGAAUGACAGGCUCAUUGGUCUUCUCGUGGCUUUGAGUUUUCAGUGAGCUCCAACCUCUGUUUAUGGAGCUAAAAAGCAAAACAAAACCCUUCGAUUAAAUGGCUCAAAGGAAAGUCUAUAGGGCCAUCAGGGAUCACCCAAAAGUGGAGUACCUGCCUAGCAUACAUAGGCCUUGGUUACAAUCCUAGCAGCAACAAAAGCAGACUGUACAUGGAAUAGGCAGGUCUCUUUACCUUGGUAACUGCUCUUCCAGCUUGCCCAAUCAUCUUACUGAUUUCUACUAUGGUCUCCCUAUCAGCACUCCCUGCCUUCCACGUAUGAAGCAGUGUGGGGGAGCACUAGAUGUCAUUGGAAACUGGAUUGAACUAUGCCUUUCAUUUUCAUGCGCAAAGUCAGAGCAAAAGCUGUUCAAAUUCCAGGACGAAACUUGGUGACAAAUAGGAAAAAUGUGAGAGAAGUAAAAAACUAGCUAACAUUUAGCUAGUUGUGUGAGGUUUCAGAGGAAUAAAGAAAUAUUUUUAACCGAGAUUCAGGCAAAAUACAUGGUCUCUAGCAAAUAGGGUCCUGUGUGUUUGAUUACAAAAGUGUGUGUCUGCCAUUAACCUGACAUUUCACCAUUAAAAGCAGCCCUUGAUGACCUCA